GGGCGGGCCGGCGGCGCGAGGUUGACUUCCGGGUCACGGUGGAGCACGCUCUCACGUGGAGACCGGGAGGUUUGGCCCGCAGGAAUGGUCACAAAGACUCACAAAGCAGACCUGGGCCUUGGGCUCCCAGAGAAAAAGAAAAAGAAGAAAAAGAUGAUUAUUAAAGAACCAGAGACUCAGUACUCAGUGUUAAAUAAUGACAAUUAUUUUUCUGACCAGUCUCCCACAAGGGCCAAUUCCCACUUUAACAUGGGCCAAGGGCCAUUCCCUGAGAUGUGUAUGGGGAAAAAAAAGAAGAAAAAGAAAGGCCACAGCUUCAUUGGUGAGCUGCCCCAGCUACCUGAACCCAAAUUGUGUGCCAGGCGAGCUAAGUCCUACAGCCCUGGGAAACAGGCUCAUGACCAGUUGGAGUACGUUUGCUUGGAGAAGAAAAAGAAGAGGAAGUCCUUACCUAUGAUUGCCUCCCACGGCUCUUGGCUCAAGACUUCCCCAGACCGCAGAAGGAGUGAGGAAGUGACCAAGGGUGGCAAGAAGCUCAAAAAACACAAGAAGGAGAAAAGGGCCCGGGAUCCCUCUACCUUUUCCAUCCAGGACCGGUGGCUCUAUGAGGCUGGGGAUGCGCUGCACGCAUGCUCAGUAGGGAAGGGCACCGAGGAGCAGAUGGCCUCCGGGCAGAAACGGAAGCAAGGGAACCCCAGAGAACACAGUGUGAAGGUGAAGAAGAAGAAGAAGAAGGUCCAUCUGGAGAGAGACACACACUUAGGCCAGCCCAGGGGCUCCAAGUCUGUGGAGAGCAACCCCAGGAAAGGAAGCAAGAAGAAGCCAGUCAAGAUGGAAGCUCUAGAAUUCAUCCCGAUAGGAGAUGGCCCAAAGACCCCAGUGAAGAAGAAAAUGAAGGCCAAGAAAAAGGUUGAGCAGCCAGUUGAGGAGUUGGCUCUUAAAAGGAAGAAAAAGAAGAGGAAAGAAUGUGGGGAAGUCAAAGACCCUUGGGAGGAGGCGUCCGACACAGACUUGGAGGUGGUGUUGGAAAAGAAAGGCAACACGGAUGAGGCCUGCAUAGACCAGGUGAGGCGGAAGGCCUUGCAGGAAGAGAUCGACCGGGAGUCAGGCAAGACAGAGGCAGCGGACUCCAAGAGCUGGACAGGAACCCAGUUUGGCCAGUGGGAUACUGCUGGUUUUGAAAGUGAGGAGCAGAAACUGAAAUUUCUCAAACUGAUGGGUGGCUUUAAGCAUCUGUCCCCUUCGGCCAGCCGCUCCACCAGCACUGUGGGCAAGCCCAACAUGGCCCUCAGCAAGAAGGAGGCCGACAGCCUGCAGCAGAACCUGCAGCAGGACUAUGACCGGGCCAUGAGCUGGAAGUGCAGCCGCGGUGCUGGCCUCGGCUUCACUGCCGCCCCGGACAAGGUCUUCUACAUUGACAAGAACGCCUCCAGGUCCGUCAAGCUGAGCGAUUAAAUGCACCUGGUCUCUCGGCAGCCCGCCUGGCUUUUCUUCCUGUGUGGCAGGCGGAAGCACAGGCAGUUGUCUUGAACCAGACACUCGCGAAUGUUCGGGACAACUCUGGAUGGGUGGGCUUGCAGG